AUGUCCUUUCGGUGUCUCUAUCGCCCUUUUACAUUUAGCAAUAGGGUACAAAGCUAUUCGUCCGGUUCAAAGCGUUUCAAUGUGGCUGUAAUUGGCACUGGACGUAUGGGACGUAUUCGUCUCGCUGGAAUGCAAAACAAUUCACGUGUAUCGAUCACUGCAGUCGUUGAUUCCAAUGCUACUACUGAACAACUUUACGAGUUAGGUAGUCAAUACAAAACCAAGUGUUUUUCAAGUCUCAUGGAGGCUGGAGGAGCUUUAAAGCAGCAGAAUCAGACGAUAGACGGUGUCUGGAUCUCGACGCCUACUCCAACACACAUGGAGCUUGUCAAUGACUGUGCAACGGGGAUAUUAGGCACGGAGGUUAAAGCUAUUGGUAUUGAAAAGCCUGUGGCUGCAUUGGUCACGGAGAUUGACACAGCGUACCAAGUAUGUCACAAAAAUGAUGUCAAACUCUUUUGUUCUUUCCAAAGAAGAUUUGACCCGAGCUAUGAAGCUUUACGGGUUCAAUGUGUAGACGUUCAGAGCUUGGGCAAGCUUCAAUCUAUCCAUACAGUGUUCCGUGACCAUCCAUAUCCACCUGUGGAGUUUCUUAAAACAGGAGGAGAUCCAUUUCAUGAUCUUGCUGUACAUGAUAUCGACUACGUGUGUGACCUUGUGGGCGAAUACCCGGCUAAAGUGUACGCACAUGGAACGAGUUUGUCGGCCGAGCUGAGAGACUUCAAUGUGAUGGACAAAGCUAGUGUCUGGCUGGAAUUUGCCAACUCUGGCGUCGUUUGUACCAUGGAUCUUAGUCGGAGUGCAAAGUACGGCUAUGACCAGCGUAUCGAAGUGGCGGGUGAGCAUGGAAUGCUGCAGGUUCAAAAUUUGAGCAAGACUGCUAUGGUCCAGUCCACCAAGGCUGGGAUUACGGCUGAUACGUUGCGACACUCUUUUCCAGAGAGAUUCCACGAGGCGUAUCUGCUUGAGCUCGACAGAUUUAUUGAUGUCAUAGAAGGUAAUGCCAAUCCUCGUGUACACUGGGGUGCGUCGCGGAUGAACACCAUCAUCGCUGAAGCCGCACGCAUCGCAGCAAUUGAAAAGAAGGUCGUCACGAUCAAGUACAGCAAAACCAAACAAAUGGACCCUAGCUCAGACCCGAUCCUGGACUGCGAAUACGUGUUCUAA